GUGCCGAAGCUAGUCUUGAAGCCGGGCUCCACGGUCGCUCUGCACUGCAGCAGCCGCAACCGCUUUGUGCGUAUGAACAGCGAUCUUAAAGUUGAUGGGACUCAUCGGGACUUCGACGAUUUGCCUGUUGACUGGAGCUGGGAGCGAUUCACGGUGGUGGACGGCGGCAGCGGCCAAAUUGCGCUUCACAACGCUAAGUGGAACCGCUUCGUCGUCAUGGACGCAGACGGACUGAGGGCCAGCAGCGGCAAGGCCGCCAGCGAGCUGCCAAAGGAGUGGACAUGGGAGCGCUUCACGGUGGUCGAUGCUGGGAACGGAGAGAUCGCACUGCACAACGCCGCCCACAACCGCUUCAUCGACAUGUCACCAGAGGGCGAUGUGAAGUGCAGUGCCCCUGCAGAUGUUCAGAACCUGGCAGCUGGGCCCGGGAUGCGGUUCCGCGUCUUUGAG